AUGUGCUUGGUCAAUCAGGCGUACGCGUCGACGGAGCGCGCGGUCGAGGUCGUCUCGACCGGCAGCGGCGGCCGGCUGUCGUCGGACCCGGAGCAGCAAUGCGUGUACACGGUGUACGUGCGGACGGGGUCGAUCUGGAAGGGCGGGACGGACUCGGCGAUCGGCGUGACGCUGCUGGGCUCCGACGGCACGGGCAUCCGGAUCGCCGACCUGGAGAAGUGGGGCGGGAUGAUGGGGGACGGCUACGACUACUACGAGCGCGGCAACCUCGACAUCUUCGGCGGCAGGGGCCCCUGCAUGUCCACCGCGCCGUGCUUCGCCAACGUCACCUCCGACGGCGCCGGCGCGCACCACGGCUGGUACUGCAACUACGUCGAGGUCACCGCCACGGGGCCCCACCUCGGCUGCGCGCAGCAGCUCUUCACCGUCGAGCAGUGGCUCGCCACCGACGCCUCGCCCUACCGCCUCUACGCCACCGUCGACGCGUGCUCCGGGUCGGGGGACUCCGUCGUCGUCUCCGCGCCCGCCGCCACGGGGGGCAAGGCCAGGUCGACCGCUCUGUGAUGUCGACCCGUGGGCAUGGCCGGCCGGCCGCGUGCAUAGCGUGGUGUGAAAACUGUGGAAGAUUUUUAUUGCCG